GCUUAUGUCGCAGCAUCAUGCAGACAGAAAUUUCGAGUGCAUCAAAUUGUUCCAAUAUGUAUCAAAGUUCCCACUCGCGUUGGAAUGCCCUCGCUCACCGCGCCCCCUCUUCGCACUCAUCCUUCAUCUACGGCGUCAAGUCCACCAAUAUCUACUGCCGCCCCACCUGUCCCGCCCGCCUCGCACGCAGGGCCAAUAUCAUCUUCUACGACACGGCAGUUGAAGCGCGACGGGACGGCUUUCGUCCAUGCAAGCGAUGCAAACCGGACACUGCGGAGUUUCUUGGCGAGGGAGAAGAGGUGGUCAUCAGAGUUAUAGCUCUUUUGAGGAUAAAGCAGGAUGAUCAGAGGAUAAAACGCGGCUUGAAGGAUUUGGCACGAGACGUCGGAGUUUCGCCAAGCUACCUCUGCCGGGUGUUCAAGAAGACGAUGGGGAUUACGAUAGGCAGCUACAAGAGGGAAUUUGAAAAGGAGGCAACUCAUAUGGAGGCAGAGACUGACACCAUAACUGCAUCCCCCGAAACCUUUGGCCCAUGGGGUAUGGAUGCUGGGACGGAGCCCACGUCAGACAUAAUAGCUGAAAGACCCGCGGUACUCGUGAAGGAACCUGACAGCGGAUUGGAAGAGGACAUGGGAAGCCUUCCAGAUGCUUUAAACUUCAAUCUGGAUGAUUGGUUUCGGUUUGAAGACUUUUGGAAUCAAGGUUCAACUACUACCAGCGUCGGGUGAUUGCCAUGUCGGGUUAGUCGCCAAUAAUGAUAUCAUUAAUAUCAUCAUUGUGUCCCUUGAUAUCAUGAGCUGGUCUCAGUAUGGUUCGAGCAAGUCACCUGGCUGGCAAAAGUAUUUCUUGGCUUACAGGUCGCCAUUCGGGUCUUCCGCUGGUUUACUGAAAUACUACUCGGCUACUCCGAAGCAGUUAGGCGACUGUCUAGAAAGCUUGAAAAUAUGU